UAUAAAUAAAAUAUGUAAGUAGUCGGGUCAUUACUUCCCCGUUUUCACUUACAUCCGGACUUGGGUCGGGUUGCAUCUGCCCGGGUCUACUGCUAUCUCUUCCCCAUGAUUGCAUAGAGCUCCACCUUCAGCAAUUGAAUAAACCCUAAUCCCCAAUUAUCUAUCAAUUUCCCCGAAGCAAUUGAUCUUGGCAGAAUCUCCGAGCAGUUAGUUUCGGCUUCAUUCUACGGUGCAAGGGAAGGGGCAGCAACGUGGGUAGUGGCAGGCAGAGAGAGGACUAGUUGUGUGAACUGGGAGAUGAGUUGAUGCUAUGAGUAGGCUAUCUAUCAGGCCUCGGCCCCUUGACAUUAACAAGAAGCUCCCAAUUGUGAAAUCCGUGAAGGAUUUUGAAGAUGAUGACAUCCCAUCUUCCACACGUAACUCCCAGAUACUCCGACUUGCUGCAGAGGCUGAUAAUGAGCAAGACAUUUUUCUUUUCAUUGUGGUUAGUUUGAUGGAACCGGCGGUGGAACAACACCAGACGGUUGGAAUGAUAGAUGGCCAUUUAGUUAAUCUAUUACCUAGUUUUGAGGUACAGCAUGUACCAGGCAAGAAAGGUACUUCAGAAAUACCUACUCCCGAGUUUGUGAUUGUGGACACUUAUGAAAGGGAUUAUUCCCGUACCUUCUCCCAGACGACAUCAUACUUACGUGCGAGGGGAGAUCAUAAAGCUCGCGAAAAAGCAGGUGUUAUAACUCCAACACUUGGCUCCCCUAUUCCGGUGCUUUUAACCUUUGAUGCUGCUGUUGAGUUACUGGAAGGAAAAGAAUCAUUGAGCAUGAUGAGCAUUGUGUUCGAGAUCUUCUACUUAGUCAGAGAGUAUCAGGGACAACAUAGACUGCGCGAACGAUGGCAAAAACCUGUCCUUCGACGUUUGCAGAUUAAAACUAUGGGCAAGCCACCUCCACCAGUUAAUGACACCAAUCCUUUCAAUGUCUUCAGACCAAGGGAGAAAGCUCAUAGGCUUCACACGAGAAGGAUGCAAAGAAGGGAAAACAACGUGCAAUCAUUUGAAAAGCUUCGCCAGGUCAGGCGCAACCUUGACCAAGCGAAGAACAUUCUCGAGGCUCUGAUCAAGAGAGAGGAGAAGAAACGAGAACUUAUUGAGAGUGAGGUCACCCUCCAAAGAGUUCAAUUGAAGUACAAGCAACUGAUUUUAGAACACUGUCAGCAUGAAACCCAGCUCCUCGAGGACUCUUUGGCCUUACCUGGAAUGCCGUCCUUCCCAAGCAAGGCUGCAUCAAGUGAGGAGGAGUUCUUUGAUUCUGAUGAUGUGGCAACAAACAGUCGACCACACAGUCGACAAUUUGUGGUGCGAAAUGAGUCAAAGCGGGUGAUGGUCCCGGCAGGAAAUGGUAGGCAGGAGGCAAGAAGACGAGUUUCUCGUAGUUGGCUUCAUAAACUGGAUCCGAAUGAGCCAGUUCUGCUUUUCACAAAACCCUUACUUCCAGAUAAAUUAUCUGCUGCUGGAAUAAUUCCUCCUCCUUCACCAGAUCCUUUAACGACCAAUGGCCUCAAAACCCGCUCGUUUAACUUCCACGGGAGGAUCGGACGAGGUGGCAGAAUCGUGUUCGACCGAUGGAAUCCCCUAAUGCAAACCCCAGUCGAAUGUGGUGACACUUCAUAUGUCCCACCCAAACCACGGCAUUCAUCACAUCAUUGAUAGAGAUAGAUAAAGUUGUGUUUCUAAUCAUGUCCCCACUGAAAAUUUCGUAAGCAAACGUGUCCUUGUUUUUUUUUUUUUUUUUUU